AUGGGUGAUCUCGAGAAUAUACUCUUGAGAAAUCAAAAUUGGUCUAAUAGGGAGUGGAAAAACAUCAAGAAAACUAUAGAAAAUUUACUUGAUGACAUUCCACAAGCUUGGAUAAAUGCUAGAAAUAGCACCGGAUCUGAACACACAAACACUGCUGGCCAAAUAUUACUAAACAUGGCUAAGCCAACAUUAGUGGGAUCAUUUGCCAUGUGUUACAGUGCAUGCAAGAGAAAUAACGGGGGUAACGCCCCUGCGAGGUCCGCUCUGCUCAUGGAGACCUUGCAGGAAGCUAGAAAAAUCACCGGCUGUUUAACAUCUGAAAAGCAGCUCUGGGCAGCUCUAUGGAAUACUUCCUUGACACCCAAAACUUGCGAUUUCAUAUGGAGAUUACUACACAAUCUCAUCCGUGUCGGGGAGGAUUUGGGAUGGCUACCAGAGGAAAAGAAAUCAUGCCCCUAUUGCCGAUCUAGGCUUAACAUUAGCCAUAUCCUACUUCAUUGCCCUGGUUGCAUACCUGUAUGGACUUGUAUAGGAAAUAUAGGUACAAAACUAGGGCAAGAAUUUACCGUUCAUCCGAAGUCAAUAGCACAACUCAUUGCAUUGAUUUAUGCUAGCCCCGGGGAUACUCCUAAUGCUAAAGGUAGAGGCCAGCUCCUCACCUCACUAGUAAUUUGGAGCCUCUGGAAGAAUCACCUUCGUUGGUCGAUUGAUGGUCAUCUCGAUGCUAUUACACCUGAAAAUACCAUCGGAUUAGCAAUUAAGCAGCUCACAUCUUGUUUUCACAGGGACCGUGUCAUAAGCAUGACAUAUAGGUACACUGGACACAAAAUGACCGCUACGAAAUUCCGACAUUACUGGGGUAUUGAGCCAUGGAAGGUAUCAACUUUCCAUCGCCCAUGGUUCAUACCUGAUUAA